AUGUCGAAUGUCGAUCUAUCAAAUGACGGCCUCAUCGGCGUCGAUUACGAUUCCAGAGGUUAUCUACAGCAAACAUGGCCCGUGGCGGUCGACCAACAUCCCCCACGGUCAGACGAAACCCAUGAUUUAUCGCCGCUCCAAACCAGCGGUCACCCUCUGGAACAGUCGGUGGCCCAAGAUCCCAAUCUAAUGGUCGACUGGCACUACCACCAACAUUUGCAACAGACCCCUCAUCAUCAUCAUUUAUCGUAUUCGCCCGAGGACCCAUCAUCCGCCCCCCAAUUUACCGCUGCGAGCUAUGGAAUGGCUAUUCAGUCGUCCCCGGUGGAUCUGAUGUCCGGCCCUCAGGGCCAGAUGAGUGCUGGUCUGCUCGAUGGUCCUUAUCUGCCGUUAUCGGCCCCCGUCGACAUGGUGCCAUUCACCUAUCACGACUUCCAGCACGACCUAAUGGGUUUCCCCAACGGACUUCCGGAAGUUUCAUACGCCCCGCACCCAGUGUUGGAGAGUAGCUCCCCCACCGACACCUACCUCGAGGUCCGUUCCCUCUCGAGUAGCGACAAUGGAUGGAGCACAGUGGAUCACCGUCGCUCGCUCGAUUUCGGCUUCCCCGAGCAGGGUGUCUUUGUCAACCCCACCCAGACGCUUCACGACCGCAGUCUUUCCGAGUCCUCAUAUUCAACCUCCUACGGCAGCUUUGUUGAUAUCGCUCACCCGAUUAGUUCACCUGGAUCCGAAGGCAUGGAUCUGCCGUACAACCACAAUGUUGCUCUGAGCUUCGCUGGAACUUCCCCGCCAAGUAAUGCUCUCGUGCGCCACGAGCACUCUUCUCAAGGCUCUCGCUCGCCCUCUGCUGUGAGCCCUAGCGCUAUGGUCCGCCCAGUCCCUGUGCCCAUCAAGAAGUCUACCUCGCCCACUCGCUCUUCUGGUUCUCAUACAUCAGCUUCUCCCCCAAGUCGGAAACCCUCAAGAAAGAGUCCCAUCGCAGCCAAGACAUCCGAGACCAAGGUUCGCAAGCAAUCUCAAACCGGCAAGCCCGAGACCGAGAAGCGUGUUGGCAAGCGGAAGGGCCCUCUUAAGCCGGAUCAGCGUAAGCAGGCGAGCGAAAUACGUAAGUUGCGUGCCUGCUUGCGCUGCAAGUUCCUGAAGAAGACCUGUGAUAAGGGUGAGCCCUGUGCUGGUUGCCAGCCAUCGCAUGCGCGAUUAUGGCAGGUUCCUUGCACUCGCAUUGAUAUCAAGGAGAUUGGCUAUUUCAUGAAGGACUGGAAGGCAGAUUACGAGCGUCACAUCUCUAUGGGAUUCUCCGUCGGCAACAUUAAAGGCUUCUCAGACCAGGAGCGCACCCUGUUCAUCACACACGGUUAUGGUCAGAUACUGCCAAUCAAGGCUCGCGAGGUCUACGUCCGCGACGAGCAGUGCUUCACCAUUGAUUGGGUCGAGUCAAUGCACCGCGAGCCUACACAAUAUGAAGUCGAGACUGCUAAACUCUCUGCUGGCAUGGAGGGUAUCUCGCACGCUACAUUGUCUGACUACCUGGACCGCCAUAUUGACGGCAAUGGCACCUUUGAGAAGUUCGUCGACGAUUACUUCGAGGGCACUCCUUUCUUGACUCAGAUGCUCAAGACCGCCUUCCGCUACUACUACCGCACUAAGUUGCCGGUCAUCCGGAAGGCAUUGAAGCUAAUCAUUGCUUACAACCUGACUCUUCACGUCACCAUGGUGGAGGGUCUCGGUGACGAGGAUGGCUUCCUGGGUCGCAUUUCGGAGGCGUCCUCCAAGUUCCGAGGCAAGACUAUGGCUCCUGUCAUGAUCAACUUCCAGAUUAAGUGUGCCAUGGCCAGCAUGUGGCGUGAACUCCAGAAGGAUGUUCUCGAGGAGCUGUCCGCGCUCUACUCAAGUGUGUACAGUGGUGAGAAGUUGAAGAACUGGCCCACUAUUUUCAUCCUGGCUUCCAUUCUCUUGGCUGUCUGGGAGGAGAUGCAAUUCGAUCAACAUUACCGCACACCGGAUCAGGCUGCCGUCGAUAAGUUCUGCACCGACAUGGAGACCACUCCUGUUGGUGUCAUUGUCGGACUGUUCCAGGCAAUUUCGCAGAAGUUGCCUCCCUUCACCGAGUGGGACUCACAAAAGCACCACCAACUUCUUUACUCCAACCCUGAUGUGUGCAAUACUAUGACUGAGGUCCGCCAACAUGUCGAACAGCACGAGAACUACCUGCGUGGUCGCUCCGGCUCCAAAUUCAACCGUGACGACUUCGACUGUCUGUCCAACAAAUUUGUUUCCCGUCUUUGUAUUCGCGCGAACUGA